UGACAACUUUAUUGGCUUCCUCUGAUAUGCAAGUGGUGCUGGCAGUCCUUAACCUUCUAUAUGUAUUUAGCAAAAGAUCAAACUACAUCACACGUCUUGGAUCUGACAAGAGGACCCCACUACUGACAAGGCUGCAGCAUUUGGCAGAGAGCUGGGGUGGAAAAGAGAAUGGCUUUGGACUUGCAGAAUGUUGCAGAGACUUGAAUAUGUUGAAAUAUCCACCAAGCGCAACCACACUACACUUUGAAUUCUAUGCAGACCCUGGAGCUGAGGUCAAAAUUGAGAAGAGGACAACUAGUAAUACACUACAUUAUAUUCACAUAGAACAACUUGACAAGAUUUCAGAAAGCCCUUCUGAAAUAAUGGAAUCUCUUACCAAAAUGUACAGCAUUCCCAAGGAUAAGCAGAUGCUGUUAUUCACUCAUAUAAGGCUGGCCCACGGCUUUUCUAAUCACAGGAAGCGAUUACAAGCUGUUCAGGCCAGACUGCAUGCAAUAUCUAUAUUAGUCUAUUCCAAUGCCUUGCAAGAGUCAGCAAACAGUAUCUUGUAUAAUGGGUUGAUAGAGGAGUUGGUAGAUGUUCUUCAAAUAACAGAUAAGCAGCUUAUGGAAAUUAAAGCUGCUUCUUUACGAACAUUGACAUCAAUUGUGCAUUUGGAGAGAACUCCCAAGCUCAGCAGUAUUAUUGACUGUACUGGAACUGCCUCCUACCAUGGAUUUUUGCCUGUCCUUGUGCGGAACUGCAUCCAGGCCAUGAUUGAUCCUUCCAUGGACCCAUACCCCCACCAGUUUGCUACUGCCCUCUUCUCCUUUUUGUACCACCUGGCCAGCUAUGAUGCUGGUGGCGAAGCAUUGGUCUCCUGUGGAAUGAUGGAAGCCCUACUAAAGGUCAUAAAGUUUCUUGGUGAUGAACAGGACCAGAUAACAUUUGUCACCAGAGCUGUCAGAGUGGUUGACCUCAUUACCAACCUGGAUAUGGCAGCUUUUCAAUCUCAUAGUGGUCUUUCUAUCUUCAUCUAUAGACUUGAGCAUGAAGUAGAUUUGUGCCGAAAAGAAUGUCCAUUUGUGAUCAAGCCAAAGAUCCAGAGACCUAGUACCACCCAAGAAGGAGAAGAAAUGGAAACUGAUAUGGAUGUUGCAGAUGUAACUAUGGAAAGCAGUCCAGGCUCGUCCAUAACUAUGGAGCACCGGCUGGAGGUUGAAUUAAGGGCAUCAAGUUCCAACAGCAGCACUAGCAUCCCUGGCCCUGGCCCGGGUCCUGGCCCGGGUCCUGGCCCGGGUCCUGGCCCUGGUCCUGGCCCUGGCCCUGGCCUUGGCCCUGGCCCUGGACCCCGUCCUGGAGUCCAGUGUAUUCCCCAACGAGCAGCACUUCUCAAGUCCAUGUUGAAUUUCCUCAAGAAGGCCAUUCAAGAUCCUGCUUUCUCAGAUGGCAUACGGCAUGUAAUGGAUGGUUCUUUGCCUACCUCUUUGAAACACAUCAUCAGCAAUGCAGAAUACUAUGGCCCAUCACUUUUCCUCCUAGCUACUGAAGUGGUGACUGUGUUUGUAUUUCAAGAGCCAUCACUGUUGUCCUCACUCCAGGACAAUGGCCUGACAGAUGUCAUGCUGCAUGCACUGCUUAUCAAAGAUGUUCCUGCUACAAGGGAAGUCCUUGGUUCCCUCCCAAAUGUAUUCAGUGCACUUUGCUUGAAUGCCCGAGGUCUUCAGUCUUUUGUACAAUGUCAGCCAUUUGAACGUCUCUUCAAAGUUCUCCUAUCUCCUGAUUACCUCCCAGCCAUGCGGAGGAGGAGGAGUUCUGAUCCCCUUGGGGAUACUGCAUCCAACCUGGGGAGUGCUGUUGAUGAGCUCAUGAGACAUCAGCCCACCCUCAAAACAGAUGCAACAACUGCCAUCAUUAAGUUACUUGAAGAAAUCUGUAAUCUUGGAAGAGAUCCAAAAUACAUUUGUCAGAAGCCGUCCAUCCAGAAAGCAGAUGGUACUGCUAGUGCCCCUCCACCAAGGUCUAAUCAUGCUGCAGAAGAAGCUUCUAGUGAAGAUGAGGAGGAAGAGGAAGUACAGGCCAUGCAGAGCUUUAAUUCUACUCAGCAGAAUGAAACCGAGCCUAAUCAGCAGGUUGUUGGUACAGAGGAACGUAUUCCCAUCCCCCUCAUGGAUUACAUCCUUAAUGUGAUGAAAUUUGUGGAAUCUAUUCUGAGCAACAAUACAACAGAUGACCACUGCCAAGAAUUUGUGAAUCAGAAAGGACUCUUACCUUUGGUUACCAUUUUGGGUCUUCCCAAUCUGCCCAUUGACUUUCCCACAUCUGCUGCCUGUCAGGCUGUUGCAGGUGUCUGCAAAUCCAUAUUGACUCUGUCACAUGAACCCAAAGUUCUUCAAGAAGGUCUCCUCCAGUUGGACUCAAUCCUUUCCUCCUUGGAACCUUUACAUCGGCCCAUUGAAUCUCCUGGGGGCUCAGUAUUACUUCGAGAACUGGCAUGUGCAGGCAAUGUUGCUGACGCUACCCUCUCUGCUCAGGCUACACCGCUGUUGCAUGCACUUACUGCUGCCCAUGCCUACAUCAUGAUGUUUGUUCACACUUGCAGAGUUGGACAAAGUGAAAUUCGUUCAAUCUCCGUAAACCAGUGGGGUUCUCAGUUGGGUUUGAGUGUUCUGAGCAAGCUAAGCCAGUUAUACUGUUCUCUGGUGUGGGAAAGCACUGUCCUUCUCUCUCUGUGUACCCCAAACAGCCUACCAUCUGGAUGUGAAUUUGGCCAGGCGGACAUGCAGAAACUGGUUCCAAAGGAUGAGAAGGCAGGUACGACCCAGGGCGGAAAAAGAUCAGAUGGAGAACAGGAUGGAGCAGCUGGAAGUAUGGAUGCUUCUACCCAGGGCUUAUUGGAAGGAAUUGAGCUAGAUGGUGACACAUUGGCUCCCAUGGAGACCGAUGAACCGUCUUCUGAUUCUAAGAGCAAAUCUAAAAUCACACCAGCCAUGGCUGCCAGAAUUAAGCAGAUCAAGCCAUUGCUGUCAGCUUCUUCCAGAUUAGGCCGAGCACUUGCUGAGCUCUUUGGACUCCUUGUUAAGCUUUGUGUUGGUUCUCCUGUCCGCCAAAGAAGGAGCCAUCAUGCUGCCAGUACUACUACUGCACCAACACCUGCUGCUAGAUCAACAGCUUCAGCUCUUACUAAGCUACUCACAAAAGGCUUAUCAUGGCAGCCCCCACCAUAUACACCUACUCCCCGCUUCAGGCUGACAUUCUUCAUCUGUUCAGUUGGAUUCACAUCUCCAAUGCUGUUUGAUGAGAGAAAGUAUCCUUACCACCUUAUGCUGCAGAAAUUUCUCUGUUCUGGCGGUCACAAUGCUCUUUUUGAAACUUUCAACUGGGCUCUGUCCAUGGGAGGAAAAGUUCCCGUUUCUGAGGGAUUGGAACAUUCAGAUUUACCUGAUGGUACAGGAGAAUUCCUAGAUGCCUGGCUUAUGCUUGUAGAAAAGAUGGUAAAUCCCACCACAGUGCUCGAAUCGCCACAUUCGCUGCCUGCCAAAUUGCCCGGAGGGGUUCAAAGCUUUCCACAAUUCAGUGCCCUCCGCUUCCUUGUAGUAACUCAAAAAGCAGCCUUUACUUGCAUCAAGAACCUGUGGAACCGGAAACCUCUUAAGGUAUAUGGGGGACGAAUGGCUGAGUCUAUGCUGGCCAUUCUGUGCCACAUUCUCCGUGGAGAACCUGUGAUUCGAGAGAGACUGAGCAAAGAGAAGGAAGGAUCUCGAGGAGAAGAGGAUGCAGGCCAAGAAGAAGGUGGCUCCCGCAGAGAACCGCAAGUCAACCAGCAACAGUUGCAACAGCUCAUGGACAUGGGCUUCACAAGAGAACAUGCCAUGGAGGCCCUGUUGAACACCAGCACAAUGGAACAAGCAACAGAAUACCUUUUAACCCAUCCUCCUCCAAUCAUAGGAGGAGUUGUUCGGGAUCUUAGCAUGUCUGAAGAAGAUCAGAUGAUGAGAGCAAUUGCCAUGUCUCUGGGACAGGAUAUUCCAAUGGAUCAAAGGGCAGAGUCACCUGAGGAAGUUGCUUGCAGGAAGGAGGAAGAGGAACGUAAAGCCCGAGAAAAACAAGAAGAGGAAGAAGCUAAAUGUCUGGAGAAGUUUCAAGAUGCUGACCCAUUGGAACAAGAUGAGCUCCACACUUUCACAGAUACAAUGUUACCAGGCUGCUUCCAUCUUCUUGAUGAGCUGCCUGAUACGGUAUACCGUGUUUGUGAUCUGAUCAUGACAGCUAUCAAGCGUAAUGGAGCAGACUAUCGUGAUAUGAUUUUGAAGCAAGUUGUCAAUCAGGUGUGGGAAGCUGCUGAUGUACUGAUCAAUGCUGCUCUUCCUCUAACAACAAGUGACACAAAAACCGUGUCAGAGUGGAUCAGUCAGAUGGCCACACUGCCACAGGCCUCCAAUUUGGCUACUAGAAUCUUGCUUUUAACACUACUUUUUGAGGAGUUGAAGCUACCUUGUGCCUGGGUGGUUGAAUCAAGUGGCAUCCUCAAUGUCCUAAUCAAGCUCUUAGAAGUGGUUCAGCCCUGCCUUCAGGCUGCGAAAGAGCAAAAGGAGGUUCAGACCCCAAAGUGGAUCACUCCAGUGUUGCUCCUUAUUGAUUUUUAUGAAAAGACAGCCAUCUCAUCAAAGAGAAGAGGCCAAAUGACAAAGUACCUACAGUCCAACAGCAACAACUGGCGCUGGUUUGAUGACCGCUCUGGACGUUGGUGUAGUUACAGUGCUAGCAACAACAGCACUAUUGAUUCUGCCUGGAAAUCUGGAGAAACAAGUGUAAGAUUCACUGCAGGCCGACGAAGAUACACUGUCCAGUUCACUACAAUGGUACAGGUUAAUGAAGAAACAGGGAACCGACGCCCUGUGAUGCUAACUCUUCUCAGGGUACCCCGACUGAAUAAAAACUCAAAAAGUAGCAAUGGACAGGAACUAGAGAAGACACUGGAAGAAAGCAAAGAAAUGGAUAUCAAACGUAAAGAAAAUAAAGGCAAUGAUAUCCCCUUGGCCCUAGAGAGUACAAACACUGAAAAAGAGGCAAGCCUAGAAGAAACAAAAAUUGGGGAGAUCCUAAUCCAGGGCCUGACGGAAGAUAUGGUGACUGUUCUAAUCCGAGCCUGUGUGAGCAUGCUGGGAGUUCCUGUGGACCCAGACACAUUGCAUGCCACCCUUCGCCUCUGCCUGAGGCUCACCCGGGACCACAAAUAUGCCAUGAUGUUUGCAGAGCUGAAGAGUACACGAAUGAUCUUGAAUUUGACCCAGAGCUCAGGCUUCAAUGGCUUUACCCCCCUAGUCACCCUUCUCUUAAGACACAUCAUUGAGGAUCCUUGCACUCUUCGUCAUACUAUGGAAAAGGUUGUUCGCUCAGCAGCUACAAGUGGAGCUGGAAGUACUACCUCUGGUGUUGUAUCUGGCAGCCUCGGCUCCCGGGAGAUCAACUACAUUCUUCGAGUCCUGGGGCCAGCUGCCUGCCGCAAUCCAGACAUAUUCACAGAAGUAGCCAAUUGCUGUAUCCGCAUUGCUCUUCCAGCCCCUCGAGGCUCAGGAACUGCUUCAGAUGAUGAAUUUGAGAAUCUUAGAAUUAAAGGCCCUAAUGCUGUACAGCUGGUAAAGACAACACCUUUGAAGCCUUCAUCUCUGCCUGUCAUUCCUGAUACUAUUAAGGAAGUUAUCUAUGAUAUGCUGAAUGCUUUGGCCGCCUACCAUGCUCCAGAGGAAGCAGACAAAUCUGAUCCUAAACCUGGAGGAAUGACCCAAGAGGUUGGCCAGCUCCUGCAAGACAUGGGUGAUGAUGUAUACCAGCAGUACCGGUCACUUACUCGUCAGAGCAGUGACUUUGAUACACAGUCAGGUUUUUCCUUAAAUAGUCAGGUCUUUGCUGCUGAUGGUGCCCCUGCUGAGACUUCCACAACUGGAACCUCCCAAGGAGAGGGAGCUUCAACUCCAGAGGAGACUCGAGAAGGGAAGAAAGAUAAAGAAGGGGACCGGACCUCUGAGGAAGGCAAGCAGAAAGGCAAGGGCAGCAAACCUUUAAUGCCUACCUCUACUAUCCUUCGUCUUCUGGCAGAGUUGGUGAGGUCCUAUGUUGGAAUUGCUACUCUGAUUGCAAACUACAGCUAUACCGUGGGCCAGUCUGAGCUGAUCAAAGAGGACUGCAGUGUGCUAGCUUUUGUCCUGGACCACCUCCUCCCACACACCCAGAAUGCAGAAGACAAGGACACACCUGCCCUGGCCCGUCUAUUCCUUGCAAGUCUGGCUGCUGCGGGGAGUGGCACAGAUGCUCAGGUGGCCCUAGUGAAUGAAGUAAAAGCAGCCCUGGGAAGGGCACUUGCUAUGGCUGAGAGUACAGAGAAACAUGCCAGACUUCAGGCAGUGAUGUGUAUCAUCAGUACCAUCAUGGAGUCCUGCCCCUCCACCUCCAGCUUCUACAGUAGUGCCACAGCCAAGACUCAGCAUAAUGGCAUGAACAACAUCAUUCGACUGUUCCUGAAGAAGGGACUAGUCAAUGACCUGGCUAGAGUUCCUCACAGCCUAGACCUGUCCAGUCCAAAUAUGGCCAACACGGUCAAUGCUGCUUUAAAACCUUUGGAAACACUUUCCCGGAUUGUAAACCAGCCCAGUAGCCUUUUUGGCAGCAAGAGUGCUUCUAGCAAGAACAAGUCUGAGCAGGAUGCCCAAGGAGCCUCUCAAGAUUCAAAUAGCCAUCAGCAAGAUCCAGGCGAGCCUGGGGAAGCAGAAGUGCAGGAGGAGGAUCAUGAUGUCUCUCAGACAGAGGUGGCAGAUGGGGAUAUCAUGGAUGGGGAGGCUGAAACCGACUCAGUGGUGAUUGCUGGGCAGCCUGAGGUGCUCAGUUCACAAGAGAUGCAGGUUGAGAAUGAGCUGGAGGACCUGAUAGAUGAGUUGCUUGAGAGGGAUGGCGGAUCUGGGAACAGUACAAUUAUAGUGAGCAGAAGUGGAGAGGAUGAAUCACAAGAGGACGUGCUGAUGGAUGAAGCUCCUUCCAACCUCAGCCAAGCUUCCACCUUGCAGGCCAACCGAGAAGAUUCCAUGAAUAUCCUGGACCCUGAGGAUGAGGAGGAGCACACUCAGGAAGAGGACAGCAGUGGCAGUAACGAGGAUGAGGAUGAUAGUCAGGAUGAAGAGGAGGAGGAGGAGGAAGAUGAGGAAGAUGAUCAGGAGGAUGAUGAAGGUGAAGAAGGAGAUGAAGAUGAUGACGACGAUGGUUCUGAGAUGGAAUUGGAUGAGGAUUACCCUGAUAUGAACGCUUCUCCCUUGGUCCGAUUUGAGCGCUUUGACCGGGAGGAUGAUCUCAUCAUUGAGUUUGACAACAUGUUCUCCAGUGCUACAGACAUCCCUCCAUCCCCAGGAAAUAUCCCUACUACCCACCCAUUGAUGGUACGCCAUGCAGAUCACAGUUCCCUGACACUGGGCAGUGGCUCUUCCACAACUCGUCUCACCCAGGGCAUCGGUCGCAGUCAGAGGACCCUAAGACAGCUGACAGCCAAUACUGGCCAUACCAUUCAUGUUCACUACCCUGGGAACCGCCAGCCUAACCCUCCUCUUAUACUGCAGAGGUUGCUUGGUCCUUCAGCUGCUGCUGACAUCCUUCAGCUGAGCAGCAGCCUUCCCUUACAAAGCCGAGGCCGGGCCCGCCUCCUAGUGGGCAAUGAUGAUGUCCAUAUCAUCGCCAGGUCUGAUGACGAGCUGCUGGAUGACUUUUUUCAUGACCAGAGCACAGCUACUAGCCAAGCAGGGACCCUGUCCAGCAUCCCUACAGCUCUGACCCGAUGGACAGAGGAAUGCAAAGUUCUUGAUGCUGAGAGCAUGCACGACUGUGUUUCAGUGGUUAAAGUACCCAUUGUCAAUCACCUGGAAUUCUUGAGAGAUGAGGAGCUAGAAGAGAGAAGGGAGAAACGCAGGAAACAACUGGCUGAGGAAGAAACAAAAAUAAUAGACAAAGGCAAAGAAGACAAGGAAAACAGAGAUCAGAGUGCACAGUGUACUGUAUCUAAGACAAAUGACUCCGCUGAACAAAAUGUCUCAGAUGGGACUCCUAUGCCUGACAGCUAUCCAACAACCCCCUCUUCAACGGAUGCAGCUACAUCUGAGUCCAAGGAGACACUUGGUACUCUACAACCCUCCCAGCAGCAGCCAGCACUCCCAACCCCACCAGCCUUAGGAGAGAUUCCUCAGGAACUACAGUCUCCUGCUGAAGAAGUGGGGAACUCUGCACAGCUAUUGAUGCCUAUAGAGUUGGAGGAAUUGGGUCCCACAAGGACAAGUGGAGAAGCAGAAACAACUCAAAUGGAGUUAUCCCCAGCUCCCACCAUAACCUCUCUUUCCCCGGAGAGAGCUGAAGAUUCAGAUGCAUUAACAGCUGUCAGCAGUCAACUGGAGGGUUCUCCCAUGGACACCAGCAGCCUGGCUUCCUGUACAUUAGAAGAGGCUGUAGGUGACACUCCAGCAGCUGGAGGUUCGGAGCAGCCUACAGCAGGCAACUCGACUCCUGGGGAUGUCCCAUCAGUUGUAGCAGAAGUGCAAGGCAGACCUGAUGUGUCAGGAGAAUCUACCCAGCAACCUGACGACAACUCUCCCCCUGCAUCCUCUGAGAGUUCUUCCACUAGAGAUUCUGCUGUGGCCAUCUCUGGAGCAGAUUCUCGAGGAAUCCUAGAAGAGCCACUGCCUUCAACAAGCAGUGAAGAAGAAGAUCCUCUUGCAGGUAUCAGUCUCCCUGAAGGUGUGGAUCCCUCCUUUCUGGCUGCUCUCCCUGAUGAUAUCCGUCGGGAAGUCCUACAGAACCAGCUGGGCAUCCGUCCACCAACCAGAACUGCUCCCUCUACAAAUAGCUCAGCUCCUGCAGUAGUCGGGAAUCCUGGUGUGACUGAAGUGAGCCCUGAGUUCCUGGCUGCCCUACCUCCAGCAAUUCAAGAGGAAGUGCUAGCCCAGCAGAGAGCUGAGCAGCAGCGGCGGGAACUGGCCCAGAAUGCCAGCUCAGACACCCCCAUGGAUCCUGUGACCUUCAUCCAGACUCUGCCCUCAGAUCUGCGUCGUAGUGUCCUGGAGGACAUGGAAGACAGUGUGUUGGCUGUGAUGCCACCUGACAUUGCAGCUGAGGCUCAAGCCCUAAGACGAGAACAAGAAGCCCGACAGCGGCAGCUCAUGCAUGAGCGUCUUUUUGGACACAGUAGUACCUCUGCACUCUCUGCCAUUCUCCGAAGUCCAGCUUUUACCAGUCGCCUGAGUGGCAACCGUGGGGUCCAGUAUACUCGCCUUGCUGUACAGAGGGGUGGCACCUUCCAGAUGGGGGGUAGCAGCAGCCAUAAUAGGCCUUCUGGCAGUAAUGUCGACACACUUCUCCGCCUCCGAGGACGUCUCCUUCUAGACCAUGAAGCCCUGUCUUGCCUCUUGGUCCUACUUUUUGUGGAUGAGCCGAAACUCAAUACUAGCCGUCUUCACCGAGUACUGAGAAAUCUGUGCUAUCAUGCCCAGACCCGACACUGGGUCAUCCGCAGCCUCCUGUCCAUUUUGCAGCGCAGUAGUGAGAGUGAGUUAUGCAUUGAGACUCCCAAGCUCUCCACAAGUGAAGAAAGGGGCAAAAAGUCAAGCAAGAGCUGUGCAUCAAGCAGCCACGAGAACCGUCCUCUGGAUCUGCUCCACAAGAUGGAGUCCAAAAGUUCAAACCAGCUCUCCUGGCUCUCAGUAUCUAUGGAUGCUGCCUUAGGCUGUAGGACUAACAUAUUCCAGAUCCAACGUUCUGGAGGACGUAAACAUACAGAGAAGCAUGCAAGCAGUGGUUCCACUGUCCACAUUCACCCCCAGGCUGCUCCUGUUGUUUGCAGACAUGUUCUGGAUACACUCAUUCAAUUGGCCAAGGUGUUUCCCAGCCACUUCACACAGCAACGGACCAAAGAAACAAACUGCGAAAGUGAUCGGGAAAGGGGCAGUAAGCAGGCCUGCAGCCCAUGCUCCUCACAAUCCUCCAGCAGUGGCAUUUGUACAGACUUCUGGGACUUAUUGGUAAAACUGGACAACAUGAAUGUUAGCCGGAAAGGCAAGAACUCCGUGAAGUCAGUACCAGUGAGCGCUGGUGGUGAAGGGGAAACUUCCCUACACAGCCUUGAAGCCUCUCCACUGGGGCAGCUCAUGAACAUGUUGUCACAUCCAGUCAUCCGCCGGAGUUCUCUCUUAACCGAGAAGCUCCUGAGACUCCUCUCUCUCAUCUCAAUUGCUCUCCCAGAAAACAAAGUAUCGGAAGCACAAGCUAACUCAGGCAGCAGUGCUUCCUCCACCACUGCUGCCACUUCAACCACAUCUACCACCACCACCACUGCCACCACCCCCACGCCCACACCCCCUGCUGCAACCACCCCUGUCACUUCUGCUCCAGCUCUGGUUGCUGCCACAGCUCUUUCCACCAUUACUGUAGCUGCUUCUACCACAGUGACUACCCCCACAACUGCUACCACUACUGUUUCAACUUCCACUACUAAGGGCAGCAAAUCUCCAGCAAAGGUGGGUGAAGGAGGCAGCAGUGGUAUAGACUUCAAAAUGGUAUCCUCUGGCCUCACUGAAAACCAGCUACAGCUCUCUGUGGAGGUGUUGACAUCCCACUCUUGUUCUGAAGAAGGCUUAGAAGAUGCAGCCAAUGUGUUACUGCAGCUGUCUCGAGGGGAUUCUGGGACCCGAGACACAGUUCUUAAGCUGCUACUGAAUGGAGCCCGCCAUCUGGGUUAUACCCUUUGUAAACAGAUAGGUACCCUACUCGCUGAGUUAAGGGAAUACAAUCUGGAACAACAGCGGAGAGCCCAAUGUGAGGCCCUCUCUCCUGAUGGCCUGCCUGAGGAGCAGCCACAGACCACCAAACUGAAAGGCAAAAUGCAGAGCAGGUUUGACAUGGCUGAGAAUGUGGUAAUUGUGGCAUCUCAGAAGCGACCCUUGGGUGGCCGGGAGCUCCAACUGCCUUCUAUGUCCAUGUUGACAUCCAAGACAUCUACCCAGAAGUUCUUCUUGAGGGUCCUGCAGGUCAUCAUCCAGCUUCGAGAUGACACACGACGAGCUAACAAGAAAGCCAAGCAGACAGGCAGGCUAGGUUCCUCCGGUUUAGGCUCAGCUAGCAGCAUCCAGGCAGCUGUUCGGCAGCUGGAGGCUGAGGCUGAUGCCAUUAUACAAAUGGUACGUGAGGGUCAAAGGGCGCGGAGACAGCAACAAGCAGCAACGUCGGAGUCUAGCCAGUCAGAGGCAUCUGUCCGAAGAGAGGAGUCACCCAUGGAUGUGGACCAGCCAUCUCCUAGUGCUCAAGAUACUCAGACCAUUGUUGCCUCAGAUGGAACACCACAGGGGGAGAAGGAGAAAGAGGAGAGGCCGCCUGAGUUACCACUGCUCAGUGAGCAGCUGAGCCUAGAUGAGCUAUGGGACAUGCUAGGGGAAUGUUUAAAGGAACUGGAGGAAUCUCAUGACCAGCAUGCAGUGCUAGUGCUGCAGCCUGCUGUCGAGGCCUUCUUUUUGGUCCAUGCCACAGAGCGGGAGAGCAAGCCUCCUGUCCGAGACACCCGUGAGAGCCAGCUGGCACACAUCAAGGAUGAGCCACCUCCACUUUCCCCUGCCCCCUUAACCCCAGCCACUCCUUCCUCCCUUGACCCGUUCUUCUCCAGGGAGCCCUCGUCUAUGCACAUCUCCUCAAGCCUGCCCCCUGAUACACAGAAGUUCCUUCGCUUUGCAGAGACUCACCGCACUGUGUUAAACCAGAUACUACGGCAGUCCACCACCCACCUUGCUGAUGGACCUUUUGCUGUCUUAGUAGAUUAUAUUCGUGUCCUCGACUUUGAUGUCAAGCGCAAAUAUUUCCGCCAAGAGCUGGAACGUUUGGAUGAAGGGCUCCGGAAGGAAGACAUGGCGGUGCAUGUUCGCCGUGACCAUGUAUUUGAAGACUCCUAUCGGGAGCUGCAUCGCAAAUCUCCUGAAGAAAUGAAGAAUCGAUUGUAUAUAGUGUUUGAAGGAGAAGAAGGGCAGGAUGCUGGGGGACUCCUGCGAGAGUGGUACAUGAUCAUCUCUCGAGAGAUGUUCAACCCUAUGUAUGCCUUGUUCCGUACCUCACCUGGUGACCGGGUCACCUACACGAUCAAUCCAUCUUCCCACUGUAACCCCAACCACCUCAGCUACUUCAAGUUUGUUGGACGCAUUGUAGCCAAAGCUGUAUAUGACAACCGCCUCCUGGAGUGCUACUUUACACGGUCCUUCUACAAACACAUCUUGGGCAAGUCUGUCAGGUAUACAGAUAUGGAGAGUGAAGAUUACCACUUCUACCAGGGCCUAGUUUAUCUGCUGGAAAAUGAUGUCUCCACACUAGGCUAUGACCUCACCUUCAGCACUGAGGUUCAAGAGUUUGGAGUGUGUGAAGUUCGUGACCUCAAACCCAAUGGAGCCAACAUCUUGGUAACAGAGGAGAAUAAGAAGGAAUAUGUACACCUGGUGUGCCAGAUGAGAAUGACAGGAGCCAUCCGCAAACAGCUGGCAGCCUUCUUGGAAGGCUUCUAUGAAAUCAUUCCAAAGCGCCUCAUUUCCAUCUUUACUGAGCAGGAACUAGAGCUGCUCAUAUCAGGGCUGCCCACCAUCGACAUUGAUGAUCUAAAAUCUAACACUGAGUACCACAAGUACCAAUCCAACUCUAUUCAGAUCCAAUGGUUCUGGAGAGCAUUGCGUUCCUUUGACCAAGCAGACCGUGCCAAGUUCCUCCAGUUUGUCACAGGUACUUCCAAGGUGCCCCUGCAAGGGUUUGCUGCCCUUGAAGGCAUGAAUGGCAUCCAGAAGUUUCAGAUUCAUCGAGAUGACAGAUCCACAGAUCGCCUGCCUUCAGCUCACACAUGUUUUAAUCAACUGGACCUGCCUGCCUAUGAGAGCUUUGAGAAGCUCCGCCACAUGCUACUAUUGGCCAUCCAGGAGUGCUCUGAAGGCUUUGGGCUGGCCUAGUAAGGCCUUGCCUACUUCUGUGGGGUUUUUCUACCAUUGUUGGACCUGGGGAGGGGGGGAUUUAAAAAGAUCCAGAAAGAAAAUGUCAAAAUCCAAUAAAUGAAAUUCACCAACUCA